GAUGAGGAACGUGUAUAUGGUUCCGUCUUUGUGACUCUGAACGACAAUCUAGGAGCACAUCAACUCUCAGGUAUGACAGAGAGUUUUUCAAAAUUUUCACAUUUUUGUAGAUAUUGCCAUAUACAUUACAACACAUUUCAAAUCGACUUCAACACCAAAUCACAAGAUCGAACGCCGGAAACAAACCUACAAGAUCUCGCCACAAUUCAGGAAAAUUCAGGACUGGUAACGUAUCGUGGUACAAAAACGAAAUGCAUCCUCAAUGAACUGAGAUAUUUUAAUAUUUUCGAUAACGGUGCGCCCCCGUGUGUUGCUCAUGAUAUAUUCGAAGGUUGGGCUAACAAUGACCUGUUCCUAAUAUUUCAACGACUUGUUAAAUAUAAGGUCGUUAGUAAAACGUUUUUGGAAUCACGCGCCAACUUUAUUUUCAAGGAACUAAAGCUAAGCACCAAAAUCAAUUUAGAUUUGAAUCGUAAGGCAAAAACUAUAAGAGCAAAAGCUACAGAUAUAUGGCAUUUAAUACAAAUUUUGCCUUUAAUAUUUUUAAAUCAAAAUAUGGACAUCCAAAAUAACUCUUUAUUUUCAAUGAUGCUUUUGCUGAAAAACAUCACAGAUCGUGUGACUUCCCCUGUAAUUUAUGCCCACCAAAUAGAUCUUCUAGACUCAGACAUUCAAGAGUAUUUGGCGUUAAGAAUGGAGCAGUUUAAUGUACCGUUGAGACCAAAGCAUCAUUAUGCUCAGCAUUACCCCAUGUUGAUCAAAUGGUUAGGACCGCUAAUAUGUUACUGCACCUUGUCAUGUGAACGGAAACACUGUUUUUUUAAACGAACGAUUCGCAGUUGCCUGAACUUUAAAAACGUGUUGAAGACCUGCAGCGAAAGACAUCAGUUGUACCAGGGAAUGCUGAGCAUGAAAACUAUGCGAUUCGAAAAUAACUUUUUGGUGAAAAAAAACAUUGAGCAAUACGACGAUUUGGGUCUGGAUGUACAACAUGUUCUAGAAUUGCAUGGAUUGCGGGAAGGUAACAUAUACGCAGAAUCGGCCGUUUACUGUGGCCAUUCAUACAAAACCUCGGACUAUCUGUUUUUGGAUCACGCAGACAAUGAGACGUUUUUCGUGCUGCGCAUUCUUUUGUUGGUGUGUGAUAAAAAUACCAAUCAGAUCUUCGUAGUAGGCGAAAAGUUUGCGGUAUCUAAUUUAGUGGAACGCGGAAUAAUGUGCGUAAGCCGUGACUGCAUUGAAGUACUAUUGAAACAAAUAGUAGACUUCGUAGAUACUACACCACUACAGAUCUACAGGGAAAACGGACAGGAUUUGUUAUAUGCGAAGCAUUGCAUCCCACUUUUUUAAAAUGGCAAGUCUAACAAUGUUCAAAAUUUGCGAUUCCCAUCGUUCGGCACGGCAUGCUAUUCCUGCGGUUUGUUCGGUUAAAAGUUUGAUCGAAGAAGGUUCUAUUGUUCUAGGAAAACGAAUUUCGCAAAUCGUCAUUGAAAACGAUGGAUGCCGAAUAAGUUCGGAUCUAGCUUUAUCGGCAUUCAAAAACGAUCUCCUGAUGCUGUUGGCCCCUUCUGAAACCUGGGCGCACAAUCCUUCAUCACCAAUGAUCACGUCAACCGAAUCGCAAGAAUCGAAUGGAUUGAAAUUCUGCUUUGGAUGCGCCCUAAAAAGAUAAUAUUAUUUUUUAAUGCAU